GUUACAUGCUUCCUUUUUGAUUGAAACCCUGCAACAUCAUGAAGUAGGUACGAUACGACGUAGUCAUGUUGUCGCGACUUCUAUCCGCAGAGGAAAUCGAUCCGUACCACGCGUUGCGAACGCCCCUCUACGCCAACGCCUGCCGUAGGUGACGAAACAGAUAAUACAACCAUUCUUCAACUUCAAAAUAAAUAAGAGCUUGGAACUGGAGAGUAAAGGGAGGGAAGCGCAAGAAGAACACGCAAACCCAUUAUGCCGAUCUGCAUCGAGUGCCGGCACCCGGUCAAGACAUUAUGGACGCAGUAUUCGGGAGCUGGCGACCCGUCGAGCGGCCAUAAUAUACGAUUGACAGUGUGCAAGAACUGCGGUCGCUUCUGCGAUAAAUAUGUUGAGCAUGACUUUGUUGUGCUCUUCAUCGACCUUGUCCUUAUUAAGCCACAAGUCUAUCGGCACUUGCUACAUAAUACAUUGAUGCGCGAGAGGGACCAAUUUGACCCAUCUAUUAUACGUCUCGGAACACUGCUACUACUCUUUGACGUCUACUUAACCUGGGCCCGAAUCGAGAAGCAAGCUGCACCAGACCCGAACUCGCCACACGGAGGAAGUAAUCUAGGAAGUCUAGCACAACAACCUAUCGUAUUACAAUAUCUAUUCUUCCUGAUUCUCUGCACCUUCUCAACCCUCGCCUUCCACGUAUGCAUCCGCUUCCUAACCUCCUCGCCUCUCUCCCCGCUCGCCCUACUAAACCUACUCCCGACGUACCCACGGCCGAACUCCGUCUCCACGGCGCUUCUCGUCUCCUCAUCUACAAAGCUGUUCCCAAUCCUCAUGGUCAUAUGGGACUAUGACGUGCCCGCGGCCGCGCGAUCCCUCGGCUGGGCCGUUGUUGCGAAUAACGUCGAAGCGCUUGAGAUAUUACUAGAUUGCGGGUAUGGUGUAGCGCUGGCUUUGGCGGCAGCUGGGGCGGUGGCCAGAUGGAUCGUGGGGAGAAUGGUGCUUUGGGUUGUUGGGUUGGAAGGCGUGGAUUCGGCAGCGGAAAGUGGUGUUGCGGCGGAUGGGAGGGCGCUUUGGGCGUUGAUGGUGUAUGCGAGGGAGUGGGCUGGAAGGCUGGCCGUUGGAUAAUGCAUGUUAUAAUCGCCCUCAGGUCAGAUCAAGCUAUAUAUAAAGAAAUGACA